GAUGACCAUGCAUUUAUUGAAAAAAAGCCUAACCCAUGCAUUGCUACUGUAUUUCAAAAAGUACUGUAAUUCUUCACUCAAGUUUUAUUCAUUGUCUCUGUAUGUCAUGACUAGAUGGGCAAGUGGAGCCCUUGAUCCAGAGAUCAGCACAUCUGGUGAUGUUGUUACAUCAGUGAAAAGGGAUGUGUGGGCAAUGAUUGCAGACUUGCAGUUUUUCUUGGUUAUUGCUUGCUACAGGCCCCCUCGAUAUUUCAAGAGCAGGGCUUAACUUAAUUUGAAGAGUGAUAGUGUUGUUUAGCUAGGAAUGUUUGUAUAACAUGCUGGAAGAGUACUAGUGCCCUUUUUGGGGGUUUUUCUGCUGGGCUUCCACUUGAUUGUGAGACAGAUAAUAUAGCUGGUCAUCAAUAUUGUGUUGGGAUAAUCAAAUGGAUCCUGAUUUGGACUCUUUUGAUGAUAUUCUUCCUAAGCCUGCUUUGACUAAUGUAGCUAGGUUAGGUGGGAAGUUUCAGCCUAAGGCCAAACCACGACCAAAAAAGGUGGAAUUUGUACCAAUUCCUUCAAUUCCUCCAAGUGAAGCCAAGGAAAAGGCUGUGGCAGCAUCGCAAACUAGCUUGGACACAAAAAUUUCUGUUCAGCCUUUUGGUAUCAUGGAUGAGAAGUUGACAUGUCAAAUUAGUUUAUUGUCUCCAUCAUCACCUACUGGGACUAAGGAACACUUGAAAAGCAAUGAUGGAAAAACAAAAUUGGUUGAAGAGUCAGGGAGUCCCUUAGCCACCUCUGACAUGGUUGGGGUCAAAGAACCACAGAAAUAUAAGGAAGGUUUGUCCUCUUGCGAAAUAGGAAGCUUGGAGGCAGCAAAACUCUCCCCUGCUAGGAGAAAUGAUGCAGGCUCUGUUGGUGCUAUGGAUUCGGAGGCUGCAAUAUCUGGUUGUAAUGAUGACCAGGAAUCUAGCGUUGUGAAAUCGGCAGGAGUGGCGGGCUCAUUGGGGUUUGAUUCAGAUCUACUGGAUGACAUUCUUCCUAAAUCUCUAAAAAAUAAUUCUAGGGCUGGUGGGAAAUUCAAGCCUAAGGCUAAACCUCGGCAAAGAAAUGAAAAUCCAGCACCCGUCUCUUCAUCUCCAUCCAAAUGUGCCAAGGAUGAACCUAAGGCACAUUCUCAAAAAACACAAUCCACAGAGCCUAUUGAUGUUGCAAAUACAAGGAUGAACCCAGAUGGUCCGACUUUACUUCAGCAGGGCAAUGUUGAGAGUAAUGAGCCAUCGAAAGACAGUGAAGUUUUAUAUUUCAGUGACAACAACUGCUUGGAACUAGUCAACCCCUCAUCUGAAAAUAUUGCAACUGAAGAGGAUGUGUGCCCCCCAAAUACUCAGCUUGCAGAGAUGAAGUCUGGAAAUGAUGUUGGCCUGAAUUCUAGGUUUGUAGAAUCUGCCAUAGAGGUUGGUUCCAUGAGAUUAGAUUUGGAUGCUUUUGAUUAUAUGGAUCCUCAACCGGCCAUAUCAACUGGGAGGUCUGCUGGCAAGUUACAGUUGAAGGUAAAGGCCUGGCCUAGGAAGGGAACAUCUGAGUUAGCUGCUUCUGCUGUUCCCAAUACUGCUGUAGAAAAGUUGGCGGGUCUAGCUUCCACUGUCUUGGAUAACAUGCUGCCCGUUGAAUCUUGUGGUGUUGAACAUGUUAGACUAACCGAUCAUGUUGGUGAGCCUAAUAUGGAGAGUGCUGGGACCAAAGAGCCAGGGGGAAACAAUGGCAAGGCUCUUCUUUCUCCUCCAGAAAUUUUAGCUACUGUCUCUUGUGAGAAGGACUCAAAGGGAAAAUCCAGCUUUCCUACACAAAAAUAUGUUGAUUUUUCAGCAUUUAUGAAAUGUAAUGUGGUGGCGACAGAUUUUUCAAGUCCCAAUGAAGCUGCUGUUCAGGUUGAUAGUGGAAGGUUGGAAUUAGAGGAAUCAGGGGCACUUCCUGGCUUGGAAACUCCAGGUUUCUUGUCCCCAGGUGUCAUGGAGUCUGUUAUGGCCCCACCACCAAAUGUUCAACAUGUUCCUUCUGGAACCAUAAACAUUGAUGGGUGUCCAGUUGCUUCCUUCCCAUCAGAUAAUAUUGUUGAUUCCCCAUGCACUCACUUAGGUGAUUUUAUUCCUCAAGAUCCUUGUACUUCUGAGAUUCAAAUGAACCAAGAGCUGAAAAACCUUACAGAAACUUCUCACUCAGAUAAUGUGACUGCUGUCCAUCGGGAGGAUGCCUCUGAUUUGCCAGAAAAGGAGACUUCUAGUAGUAGAAAAAGAAAGGCUGCCCCAGUAUCAUGUAGUUCUUGGAAGUCUCAAAAAGCUUCCGUAGCUGGUGACAUGAAUGAACAUGACAAAUCAUCAAGGUGUCCGAGAAAGCAGUCCGCUACCCCUCAACUUGGUGAUGAGCCAGAAUAUGAGGCUCAUGGCAAUGGUGGCCUCCCAUUGGACAAUAAUGAUGACUCAUCUAUGCACCCAGGCGAUUUUAUUCCCAUAGAUCCUUGUACCUAUGAGUUUCCAGUAAAUCGAAAUCAGAAAGACUUUACAGAAAGCAAUUGCUUGGCUAAUGCAAAUGUCGGGUGCUCAGAGGAUGUUCCUGUAGUGCCUGAAAAGGAGUGUUCUAAGAGUGGAAAAAGAAAGGUUUUUUCAGCAUCAAAUUGUUCCUGGAAAUCCAAAAAAACUUCCGUGGCAGCUGGCCCUCAAGUUGUUGAUGAUCUGGAUGAGGCUCAUGAUAAUGGUGGGUUACCUGAACCUCCUGGUAGUUCUGUUGAUGAAGAAGAUAAUGAUUAUGAACCUAGAGGGGAUGAAGAGAGUGACGAUGAAAACAGAGUAGAAAUUGCACCUCGAAAGAAACGAGCUUCAAAAAAAUCAAAGGAACCAGUGAAUAAAAAUGAAAAAUCAGUUCGCAAGCGCAACAAAUCCAUUGACACUCCAGAACAAUCAACACAAAAACCUCGCAAGAAAUUUUCUCAUUCAACUCGUCGAAACAAAAGAUGUGUGAAUAAGGAUUUGCUUAACAUGCCAGAGGAUGAGAUUGAUUUCAAGAGGUUGCCUAUCAGGGACAUCAUUUUGUUUGCAGAGUACAAGGAGCGGUUAGCAACGACAACAUCAAAAAUUCCCCCAAACAAUCAAAGCACUGACAAUCCAUUUCAUGGAGAAUAUUCCCAUAAUGAAGAGGAUGGAUUUGCUUCGGAGCAAGACGUAACCCAUGGUGAUGACCAAACAUAUGUUAGGGCUCAACCAAGCUCAUCUUUAUUCAACUACCAGUCUUUCAUGGACAGAGCACCCAAUUCAAGAUGGUCAAAGCAAGACACAGAGUUGUUUUAUGAGGGGAUUCAACAAUUUGGGACUGAUUUAUCGAUGAUCCAACAACUUUUUCCUGGUCGAACACGGCAUCAAGUCAAGUUAAAAUAUAAAAAGGAGGAGCGUCAGCACCCCUUAAGGCUCCAUGAAGCUCUGAGCAGUCGUCCAAAAGAUAAUUCAUAUUUUGAAAAGUUAAUUGAGCAGCUACAAGAAGUUGCUGGUACUCAGGAAGAACAAGAGUCUUACAAAGAUGACCUAGUUGAUGUGUCAGGCGAGGAGGAUGCAGAGCUAAAUGCUGAAACUAGUGGUGAAGUUACAAAACCCGAGCAGGGUGAGAAAGUAGGAGUUGAAGAACAAGAAGAGAAUGUUGCUGAAGACCACCAUGGUCCCCUGAAAUCUUGUGUUAGCGAUGAGGAUGUAGUUGAUAUAUGGGGUUCAUAUUAAAGUGAGUCCUAGUAUCAUGCUGAAGGUGGGAGAGGAGUCUUGUUCAUAUUGCUUUUUGUUGUGUGAUGGCUUAAAUCACGUAUGCUUCCUGAGCAGGCUCUAUAUGAAAGCUUCAACGAGGCAGGAAGAGCUGCUUGCUUGCAUGGACAGUCAAGAGGAUUUUGGUACGCGUGCCAAAAAUUUUAGGCCCAAUGAAACCUUGAUGCAGCUUUGUAGUCAAACCUAUCAAAUUUUCAUUUUAUUACUUUUAUUUAUUUAUUUUUCUGGUUUAUCGAGAGACAGACCUUUCUAAUUUAAUCUGUGAUGAUCCCCCUCACUCAAAAUUUAGAAAAUUUUGAUGCAUGUAGAAUCGCAAGCAUGACACUAAACUCUUAAUUUAAAAAUAUGCUCGACCUUCUGGAUUCGAAUCUUGGAAUCAAUACCGAAAAGAAUUUAUUAAAUAUCUUGUGUGCUCUUCGAAAUCA